AUGAAGGAGGAACAGAAACCCAUCAUAGAGCUGAACGCCAUCAAGGGCUACUACAAAAAGACAUUCACGAACGAGCUGCUGCUUUCACUGCAGAACGAAAUAAAAAUAGAAGACCUACUGUACUCAUACAACUACUAUUCCUAUUUACUGACCGAAGAUAACAAAUUUGACAAUAAGGAGGUGGGGUGUGAAUACCUGAAGAGUGAAGACGAACUGGAGGAGUCGCCACCCAGCGGUGGGAACAACAGAUAUAAAGUAAGAACAGAACAUUCGAACGACGAUAUCAUCAAUUACUUCGACCCAACUGUAAGUGAAGCAUCGUAUGAAGAAAAAAUCGAACAAACAUUCGAUUAUUUGGAUAAUUUUUUAAAAGCAUUUUAUGUUCCAAAUGAUAUGAACAAGUCAGGAGACAUGGAAAUAAUAAAUGACAUGUUGAAAAACUUAGUAAUAGAAAAAGUAAAUAAUGACGAAUAUAAAAUCUUCGACAUGCAAUGUGAAAAAUCACAGAUAUAUGAAAUUACGUUAAUCAUCAUUGCGUACAUUAUUAGGAAUAUUUUCAGCUUAAGUCUGGGAAGGAAAAUUAUAUUUUCCAACGAAAAAAUGAACAGUCUGUUGUUAAGAGCAUUGUAUAAGCAAAAUAUAUACAUACAAAUAUUCACCUUGAAAAAUUUAAAAAAAUAUAUCAUGGAAGAUGGAGAAUGUUUACAGGAUAUUCACUUAAAAAUGAUUAAAAUCUGCAUCUUCAGUAAAUCUCUUUGUUCAUUCAAUCGCUCCAACGAACUGGUAAAACUUUUAGUGAAAGAAAAUAAACAUGUGAGUGAAAUUUUCGAUUUACAUUUUUUAAAAAAACUUAAAAAGUCUUUGGAACAUUCGGACAAUGUGCAACGCUUACGAUGGCUUGAUCUCAUUGCAGAGUGUGCAAAUAUAAACAGCCAACAAAUUUGCGACAUUUUUCAAACGAAGAAGAAAAAAAAAAUAGACAUCACGCAGGAGAGUGCUGAACAAGAUGGGGAUAUGUCCUGCCAGGGGGAAGAUGAAGAAACACACAUGGGUGAUGUUGUACCACCCGAUACGACCGACACAUAUGAUAUCGAUGUCAAUUUGGAAAACUUCACCUAUGAUAGCGAGUACGAAGAAGGGAAAUGCACCUUUGAUGAUAUAUCCUUUGUAAGUAAGAAUGUAGUAGAGGAAGAAAUGAAAAAGCAUAAUGUACAAUUAAGUCAAAUAUGCAAAAUGAUAAAAAUUAAUGUAUAUAAAUACUUAUAUAUGAUGUACCAAAAGGAUGAUUUACUGUUGAAAAUAAAUGUGCUUGAAAUUUUCUCGAAAUUUGUUCAAAACGAAUACUACAGUGAUAGCAUUCUGCACAAUUGCUAUUUUCUGCACACCGUGUUGAAGGAUUUGCAGAAUCUCGACGACGAAAUUCUUCCCCUUAGUAUUCUCAACUCGCUCAUUUGUUACGCAAAAAUAAGUGAACCUCUUCUUCAUUUUAUAACCACAACACAUGAUAAUAUUCUCAUGAAGACAAUCAUUUACUAUCUGACGCACGAUUCCACCUUCCAAGGGGGUAAUGCCAAUAUAGAAAAGUUAAUGGUCGGUAUAAAAUCCUUUGGUUAUUUUUUUUCAUUGAAGGAGUCUAGUAAAGCUCUCAUAAGUUUGGACUCGAGUGCACCCCUUAUCGUAAUUAAUAACAUAAGCACACACUCGCACAUGAAUAUUUUGAAACACGCAAUAAACGUAUGGGUAAAAAUUUUACCAGCCGAAUGCAUGGGUGCUGAAUGGAACAAACAACUCAUUCAUGAUGUGCUCUUCCAAAAGGCUAUCACAAUAUUAAAAGAAAUCGAUGACGAACAAGUUCAGAUAAAUACAUAUGAAUUGCUUCGGGCCAUGAUCCCCUACAGCAUUGCAGAUUUUAUCAUACAAGAGCAGUGGCUCAUUAGGACACUCAAAAGCAGCUUUGGAAACAACAGCUACGAGCUGAAGAUGAAUAGAUACAAUUUUUUUAAAGAACUCUACGAACUUAAUAAAAUUAUCAUAACGAAUGAUGCCUUCGCGGAUAACCUCAUGAGCAAUUACUUGGAGAAGGUGCCCAAGAGGUAUUAG